AUGAAUUGUCCGUCUCUGCUUGGAAUCUGGUCUGUGCUUAUCUUGCUACAAGCUCAGUCCAAGGCGAUUUUAUACCCAUUUUGGCAGAAUGAUACCAAAACUCCCAAGGUAGACGAUGGAAGCUCGCCUGAAAUCAAGCUGUCCAUACCUUUCAUAUUCUUUGGAGUUCCAUACCGAUCACUCUAUGUGAACAACAACGGAGUGAUUUCCUUCAAUGUACUUGUGAGCCAGUUCACCCCUGAAUCGUUUCCACUAUCCGAUGGCCGAGCUUUCAUUGCACCUUUUUGGGCUGAUGUCCACAAUGGAAUACGAGGAGAAAUAUAUUACAAAGAGACCACAGAUCCUGCCACACUGCAAAAAACAUCUAAGGAAGUCAGAAAACACUUUAAGAACGUGCCGUCUUUCUCAGCCACUUGGGUUUUUGUGGUUACAUGGGAUGAAGUCACCUUUUAUGGUGGAAGCAGCUCCACUCCUGUGAAUACAUUUCAAGCUCUGCUGAUCUCUGAUGGGACCACAAGCUUUGCCAUGUUCAACUAUGUGGAGAUCAACUGGACAACGGGGACAGCAAGUGGAGGAGACCCACUUACAGGCCUCGGUGGGGUGAUGGCUCAGGCUGGAUUUAUUGGUGGAAACAGUACAAAUUUCUUCAGUGUACCUGGAUCUCGAUCACCUGAAAUUGUCAGCAUAGAAGAGACCACAAAUGUAAAUCUACCUGGUCGAUGGCUUUUCAAAAUUGAUGGAAAGGAGAUAGACCCAGCCAAUGGGUGCAGCUUGAAAGGGCAGUUUUUGCGACAGGGGGAGCUUUUUUGGGAGAGUGGAAACUGUACCACAAGAUGCCGUUGCUUGGAUUUUAAUAAUGAAGUAUUAUGCCAGGAGUCAAUCUGUGGCCCAUAUGAAGUCUGUGAACCAAAGGAGAAAUUUUUCCAGUGUCUUCCAGUGGAAAGUAGCACCUGUGUGGUGUUUGGAGACCCUCAUUACCACACCUUUGAUGGUCUUCUCUUUCAUUUCCAAGGGUCCUGCUCCUACCUCUUAGCCAGACACUGCUGGCCUGGGAACAAUCUCCCCUUUUUCAGUGUAGAAGCCAAGAAUGAGAACCGUGAAGGGUCAUCCGUGUCAUGGAUAAAGGACAUUUCUCUAGAGGUCUAUUCUUAUAAUAUUGUAAUUCCAAAGGACAGUUUCGGCAAAGUGAAGGUUAAUGAUUUGGUAUUUUCUCUACCAGUUGUGUUGGAUCUAGGGGCAAUCAGAAUCUACCAAAGUGGGCUAUCAACAGCUGUGGAAACUGACUUUGGGUUGUUAGUGAUGUACGAUGGGCAGCAUUAUGCAUCUAUAUCAGUACCAGGCACCUAUAUCAACUCAACCUGUGGAAUGUGUGGGAACUACAAUAAAAAUCCACAAGAUGAUACUCUUCGUUCUGAUGGGAGACCAGCUAUUUCAGUCACAGAUUUAGGAGAGAGUUGGAGAGUUUAUCACCCAGACUGGAGAUGCUCUUCAGGAUGUUUAGACAACUGCAGCUUUUGUGAUACAGCUACAGAGUCUCUCUAUUUUACCUCUGAAUACUGCGGGUUUAUAAAUAUGACUGGGGGCCCACUCUGGGAAUGUGGUACUGUGGUGGAUCCUACUGCCUUUGUCCAUAGUUGUGUUUAUGACCUUUGUGGCUCCAGAGACAAUGGAACUAGUCUUUGUCAGGCCAUCCAGGCAUAUGCUCUUGUAUGCCAAGCUCUGGGGAUUCCUGUAGGAGACUGGAGGACUCAAACUGGUUGUGCCGCAGCUGUGCAAUGCCCAGAGUUCAGCCACUACUCAAUCUGUACCAACAGCUGCCCAGCCACAUGUUCUGACCUCACUGCUCCAUUCUCCUGCAGCAGCCCAUGCACUGAGGGAUGUGAAUGUGACGAAGGUCAUGUACUUAGUGCAGAUACUUGUGUACCCCUGAGUAAGUGUGGCUGUGAAAUGGAUGGCAAAUACUAUGUGGUUGGAGAUACUUUCUGGUCUACUCCUGACUGCACUCUAGAGUGCUGGUGUGAAGAUGGAGGAGAUAUCUCAUGCUUCAACACCACUUGCCGAGAUGGGGAGAUAUGCUCAGUGGAGAACGGGUACAUGGGCUGCUAUCCCAGAAGGGAAAGUGUGUGUUUGGUUAGUCAGAACCAAGUAGUGAACACCUUUGACUCAGUGACUUUCCCUUACCCCAUGGACUAUUCUUACACUUUGCUAAAAACUUGUACAGACAGAGGUGAACCUAUUGUGGUUGACAUCAGCAAGAAGAAACCAGACUCAGGCCCUUAUUGGCUAAGACCUGUGAGGAUCCAGGUAGCCAAGCAAGAGAUUAGGAUCGGUGGCGGCAGCAAUUCUGAAAUCAAGGUUAACGGGUUUGAAGUGGAGCUGCCAUUCUUCCUGCCAUCUGGUGAACUGGAAAUUUACCGUAACAAAAAUGGAACAGUUAUUGAGUCAGAGGGCCAUGUUAGGAUCCAGUACUCAGACCAAGGACUCUUACACAUCACACUUUCAACUCUUUACUAUAACUGCACUGGAGGACUCUGUGGUUACUUCAAUGGAAAUGGAGAAGAUGAGUUCUGCUUUCCAAAUGGUAAAUGUACUGACAAUGUUGCUGUCUUUUUGGAGAGCUGGACAACCUUUGAUGAAAUUUGUAACGGGGAGUGUGGAGAUCUGCUUAAGGCUUGUAACAAUGAUUCUGAGCUACUCAAAUUUUACAGGAGUAGGUCCAAGUGUGGAAUCAUUAAUGACCCCAGCAACAGUUCCUUCCUAGACUGCCAUGCUGUGGUCAAUGUCUCUGCCUAUUAUAGAACGUGCCUUUUCCGUCUAUGCCAAAGUGGGGGGAACCAGACGGAACUUUGUGAUUCAGUCAGCCGCUAUGCCUCGGCUUGCCAGAAUGCAGGUAUAGAUGUUGGCCCAUGGAGGAGCCGCAAUUUCUGCCCUCUUGUGUGUCCUGAAAACAGCCACUUUGAAGAAUGCAUAACGUGCACUGAAGCUUGUGAAACUCUGGCUUCAGGUCCUGUUUGUUUGGACAACUGUGGAGAAGGUUGCCAAUGCGAUGAAGGAUUUGUCUUGCGAGGACCCUAUUGUGUCCCUAAGAGGGAAUGUGGCUGCAGUUUUGAUGGUCACCAAGUUUCCACCAAUGAGACUUUUUGGGUUGACCUUGACUGCAAGUCUCUGUGCUACUGCAAUGGGUCAGACAACAGUAUUUAUUGUGAGAGCAGCCCAUGUAAGGAUGAUGAAUAUUGCAAGGAAGACAAUGGUUUGUAUUACUGUCAGCCACGUACAGAUGCCUCUUGUAUUGUCUCAGGGUACGGUCAUUACCUCACCUUUGAUGGAUUCCCAUUUGAUUUCCAGACCAGCUGCCCACUCAUCCUUUGCACUACAGCCACUAAUACCAAAGGGGACACUUUUCCCAAAUUUACAGUCACAGCAAAGAAUGAAGACAGAGAUCCUUCUCUGGCACUGUGGGUGAAGCAAGUUGAGGUGGAAGUUUACAGUUACAAGAUUGUAAUCUAUCGAGCCUACAAGCACACUGUUAUGGUAAACAAUGAAAGACUGUAUUUACCUUUGAAGUUGGGCCAUGGGAAGGUGAACAUAUUUGCCUUUGGCUUUCAUAUUGUGGUAGAAACAGAAUUUGGAUUAAAAGUGGUAUAUGAUUGGAAGACAUUUCUUUCUUUGACUAUCCCUCGCCACAUGCAAAACAGCACAUAUGGACUGUGCGGGAGGUAUAAUGGAAACAUAGAGGAUGAUUUACAGACUUCCAGUGGUACAAUAAGUGUAAAUGUCAAUGAGUUUGCCCAGAGUUGGGUGAAAAGAGAUACAUUUUGCCAAGUUGGCUGUGGAGACCGAUGUCCUACCUGCACUAAGGUUGAUGGCUUCUGGAAAGCCCAACAGCUCUGCAACACAAUCUCCAACAGAAAUGGCGUGUUUGCCAAGUGCCACAGCAAAGUCAACCCUAACUUCUUUUACAAGAAUUGUUUGUUUGACUCAUGCAUUGACGGUGGUGCUGUUCAGACUGCUUGCAACUGGCUACAGGACUAUGCAAGCACAUGCCAAAUACAAGGGAUUGCGGUCACGGGUUGGAGAAACUUCACAUCUUGCUUUGUCACCUGCCCCCCUUAUAGUCACUAUGACAGCUGUGUAAGUGUGUGCCAGCCUCGCUGUGCUGCCAUCCGUCUUAAAAGUGACUGCAAUCACUACUGCGUGGAGGGAUGCCAGUGUGACCCAGGUUACGUCCUGAAUGGAAAGAGUUGUAUCCUUCCACACAACUGCGGCUGCUAUGCUGAUGGCAAAUACUAUGAGCCCAAGCAGCUUUUUUGGAAUAGUGACUGCACCAGGCGAUGCCGAUGCUUUGGCCGAAAUCUCAUCCAGUGUGAUCCUCGGCACUGCAAAUCAGACGAGGAGUGUGCACUUAGAAAUGGCGUGAGGGGCUGCUUCAGCAAGAAAAGCUCGUACUGUAUAGCUGCAGGUGGGGGUGUCUUCAGGACCUUUGAUGGAGCUUUUCUUCGAUUUCCAGCCAACUGCGCAUUUGUCUUGUCCACAAUCUGUCAAAAGUUACCGGAUAUCUCCUUCCAGCUCAUUAUUAACUUUGAUAAGUGGUCUUCUCCUAACUUGACUGUCAUAUCCCCUGUGUACUUCUACAUUAAUGAGGAACAGAUUCUUAUUAGUGAUCGCAACACAGUGAGGGUAAACGGAACACAAGUGACUGUCCCAUUUGUAACUGGAUUGUCUACCAAAAUUUACAGCAUGGAAGGAUUUUUGGUUAUAGACACAAGUCCUGAUAUUCAAAUUCAUUAUAAUGGCUUCAACAUUAUUAAAAUCAGCAUUAGUGAGAGACUUCAGAACAAAGUAUGUGGUCUUUGUGGAAACUUUAAUGGAGACAUGACGGAUGAUUAUGUGACGCUUAGGGGGAAGCCUGUUGUAAGCAGCGUGGUAUUAGCACAAAGCUGGAAAACCAACGGAAUGCAAAAGAGCUGCAAUGAGCUACAGUAUUCUCAGUAUGCAUCAACUUGUGACAAUGUGCAAAUUCAAACGCUUCAGAGUGAUGGUUACUGUCUCAAACUGACGGAUAUGAAGGGCUUUUUCCAGCCCUGUUAUGGCCUUCUGGACCCAGUUCCGUUCUAUGAGUCUUGCUUUCUUGAUGGGUGCUACAACAACAAGAAGUACCAGUUGUGCGGAUCAUUGGCAGCAUACGGAGAAGCCUGCAGAUCAUUUGGUAUUCUCAGCACAGAGUGGAUUGAGAAGGAGAAUUGCUCAGGAGUGAUUGAGGAUCCCUGUGUGGGUGCAGACUGCCCCAACAGGACCUGUGAAGUGGACAACGGAGGAGAACUUUGUGGUUGUAUGGAUCCCCCAGCUUAUGGAAAUGACACUCAUGACAUCAUUGAUGCUGAAGUCACCUGCAAAGCUGCCCAGAUGGAGGUGUCCAUAUCCAAGUGCAAACUCUUUCAGCUGGGCUUUGAGAGAGAAGGUGUUCGAAUAAAUGACAGACACUGUCCUGGCAUUGAAGGGGAAGAUUUCAUAUCAUUUCAAAUAAACAACACUAAGGGCAACUGUGGAAAUAUUGUACAGUCUAACGGUACUCACAUCAUGUAUAAAAAUACGGUCUGGAUAGAAAGCGCAAACAACACGGGUAAUAUAAUAACAAGGGAUCGGACCAUCAAUGUGGAGUUUUCAUGUGCAUAUGAAUUAGAUAUCAAGAUUUCUUUAGACUCCGUAAUACGACCAAUGCUAAGUGUAAUUAAUUUGACUGUCCCCACUCAAGAGGGCAGUUUUACCACCAAGAUGGCGCUGUAUAAAAACGCAUCCUAUAAACACCCGUAUCGCCAAGGAGAGGUGGUCCUCACAACCCGGGAUGUACUGUUCGUUGGGGUUUUUGUGGUGGGAGCAGACUCAACGCAUCUUAUUUUAAUACUAAAUAAAUGCUACGCAACUCCAUCUCGAGACAGCAAUGAUAAACUGAGAUACUUCAUCAUUGAAGGAGGGUGUCCAAACAUUAAAGACAACACAAUUGGAAUAGAAGAGAAUGGGAUCUCCCUAACCUGUCGCUUCCAUGUCACAGUCUUUAAAUUUAUAGGAGACUAUGAUGAGGUUCAUCUUCACUGUGCUGUGUCUCUUUGUGACUCUGAAAAAUACUCCUGCAAAAUUAACUGUCCACAGAACUCCAGGAUUGCCAGUGACUAUGCACAGGAUCCCAAAGAACAAAUUAUCUCAGUUGGCCCAAUCAGAAGAAAACGUCUUGAUUGGUGUGAGGAUAACGGAGGUUGUGAGCAGAUCUGCACGAGCAGACUAGACGGACCUAUAUGUAGCUGUGUGACUGGGAUGCUACAGGAGGAUGGGCGGAGCUGCAGAGUGUCUAGUUCUUCAGCAGAACGUCACGGCUGGCUGCUUCCACUGAUCAUAAAUCAGAUAUCUGUGUGGGUUUUUAUUUAUAAAACCAAACAAUAA